AUGGCUUUGGAACUGACUUUGGUUGGAAACACAUCGUUCAAUAAUGUGGUUUGUAAUAUAUUUCAUGAUCACUUGAGAGAGAGAGAGACUAAUGGGACAGAAGCUUGGGAUCUGAUUCGUCGUCCUCUUCCUCUGUCUUCUUUGUUUCCACUAAUAGGAUCGAAACUCAGGAUUCGCUACCACACGUUACUCUGCCUUGUCACCGGAGACGAGAUAGAGAGCGAUCAAGGUGUGACGGAGAUGCGAAAAUGGAGACGAGGAGAAAGGCCAAAGCUUCCAGCUUCCAGCUUCCACCUCCACCCUCCGGAGCUGCUACAUCACCAGGUUUCUCAUUCCGAUCAACAGCUAUCAUCCCCCUGGGCUCAAAUACUUAGGCAGACUCAAAUGCUGGAGUACACCGGAGGUUGUCGGAGUUUGUCGGAAUUCACCGGAAUGUCAUUGGUCUGGUUGGAUUUGGUGGCCGCAGAGAAUUGGAAGAUCCUGGGAGAUCGAUUUGCAGAUCUCCUUACAAGUAAAAUGCUACAUUAG